CUCGUUUUUUUACUUUCAAGAAAAAGAAUUAAUUGAUCGAUCUCUCGAUGUUUUUGUUUUCAAAACCCUAAAUUCACCAAUUGAUAAUCAAAUUCAAAUCAAGAAAACGCUUUUCGAGCCAUGGCGUUCAUGGCAGUAUUGGAAUCCGAUCUCCGAGCUCUGUCCGCCGAAGCUCGCCGACGUUACCCUGCCGUUAAAGAUGGCGCUGAGCAUGCCAUUUUAAAGCUUCGAUCGCUAUCAAGUCCCAGUGAAAUUGCAGAUAAUGAGGAUAUUAUGCGAAUAUUUUUGAUGGCUUGUGAGGUUAGGACAGUAAAGUUGAGUGUGAUUGGACUUUCCUGUCUGCAAAAGCUCAUAUCCCAUGAUGCAGUUGCUCCAUCAGCACUGAAAGAAAUCCUUUCUACAUUGAAAACUCAUGCUGAAAUGGCAGAUGAGAGUGUUCAACUUAAGACUCUACAGACUAUAUUAAUAAUAUUUCAGUCACGUUUACAUCCUGAAAAUGAGGCGAAUAUGGCACAAGCCCUUCAUAUAUGUCUUCGGCUUCUUGAAAAUAACCGAUCCUCUGAUAGUGUGCGAAACACUGCUGCAGCUACCAUCAGACAGGCAGUAGCAUUGAUUUUUGAUCAUGUGGUUCGUGUCGAGUCUCUUCCAGUGGGAAAGUUUGGUUCCGGAGGUCAUAUUUCUCGAUCCAGUUCAGUAACUGGUGAUGUUAAUCGCAGCAUCAAUAAUUCAGAGUCAUGGGAGCAUGAAAUUGUUUCCAGAGGGCAAUCAUUGACGAGGGAGACACUAACAAAUGCUGGAAAGCUUGGGCUUCGUUUACUUGAAGACCUGACAGCUCUUGCUGCAGGUGGAUCUGCGAUUUGGUUACAUGUCAAUUCUCUCCAACGGAUAUUUGCUCUUGAUAUACUUGAGUUCAUUCUAUCCAAUUAUGUGGUUAUUUUCAAGGUUUUGGUUCCUUAUGAACAGGUUUUGCGUCAUCAGAUAUGUUCACUUUUGAUGACUUCACUUCGUACCAAUGCCGAGCUUGAAGGAGAAGCUGGAGAGCCUUCUUUUCGUCGGUUAGUGUUGAGAUCAGUUGCUCAUAUUAUCAGGCUGUACAGCGCUUCCCUUAUCACUGAGUGUGAGGUUUUCCUUAGCAUGCUUGUGAAGGUUACUUCUCUUGAUCUGCCAUUGUGGCAUCGGAUUCUCGUGCUUGAAAUCUUGAGGGGUUUUUGUGUGGAGGCACGGACUUUAAGAACUCUUUUCCAGAACUUUGAUAUGCAUCCUAAGAACACAAAUGUUGUGGAGGGAAUGGUUAAAGCUCUUGCUCGAGUUGUUUCAAAUGUACAGGUUCAAGAAACAAGUGAGGAGAGCCUGGCAGCUGUUGCUGGGAUGUUUAGCAGCAAAGCAAAAGGUAUUGAGUGGAUCCUUGAUAAUGAUGCAUCCAAUGCUGCUGUGCUGGUUGCUAGCGAAGCCCAUGCAAUAACUGUGGCAGUUGAAGGGCUGUUGGGUGUCAUCUUCACUGUAGCUACUUUAACGGAUGAAGCAGUGGAUGUUGGGGAGCUUGAUUCCCCCAGAUAUGAGUAUGAUCCUGUGGAAAGAUAUAGUGGGAAAACCACAGUUCUCUGCAUUGCAAUGGUUGAUUCAUUGUGGUUGACAAUCCUUGAUGCUUUGUCCCUUAUUUUGUCAAGGUCGCAAGGAGAGGCUAUUGUGUUGGAAAUAUUGAAGGGAUACCAGGCAUUCACUCAGGCAUGUGGGGUUCUUCAUGCUGUAGAACCUUUGAAUUCUUUUCUAGCAUCACUUUGCAAAUUCACUAUCAAUUUUCCAAACGAAGCAGAAAAGAGGAGUGCAGCACUGUCUCCUGGGUCAAAACGUUCUGAGGCAUUAGUUGAACAGAGAGAUAGCAUAGUCCUUACUCAAAAGAAUGUGCAGGCCUUAAGGACUCUCUUCAAUGUUGCUCAUCGGUUACACAAUGUUUUGGGGCCUUCGUGGGUUUUGGUGCUGGAAACUCUAGCAGCUCUAGACCGAACAAUUCAUUCUCCACAUGCCACCACACAGGAGGUCUCUAUGCCUGUACCCAAGCUUACAAGAGAAUCUUCUGGCCAGUACAGCGACUUCAGCAUUUUGUCUUCUUUGAAUUCUCAACUGUUUGAGAGCUCAGCAAUGAUGCACAUAUCUGCAGUUAAAUCACUUCUUUCUGCACUAUGCCAACUGUCACAUCAAUGCAUGUUGGGGACGUCAAGUGGUGUUGGGUUAGCAGUGAGCCAAAAAAUUGGAAGCAUCACUUUCUCGGUGGAAAGGAUGAUAUCAAUCCUUGUUAAUAAUCUUCACAGAGUGGAGCCAUUGUGGGAUCACGUUGUGGGCCAUUUUCUUGAGCUUGCUGAUAAUCCAAAUCAGCAUUUACGAAACAUGGCACUUGAUGCAUUGGAUCAAUCAAUAUGUGCUGUUUUAGGUUCUGAACAGUUCCAGGAUUAUGUGUCAUCCAGACUUCAGGAGAUAUCUCAUGAAAUGGAAGCUGGGGAUUCACAGUUAAAAUUACUCGAGUGUUCUGUCAUAUCCCCUCUUAGAGUUCUUUAUUCUUCUACGCAAAGCAUUGAUGUCCGUGCUGGAUCCUUGAAAAUUCUUCUGCAUGUUUUGGAGAGGCAUGGAGAAAAACUAUACUACAGUUGGCUAAAUAUUCUUGAAAUGUUAAGAUCUGUUGCAGAUGCAUCAGAGAAAGAUCUUGUAACCCUGGGCUUCCAGAACCUGCGUGUCAUCAUGAAUGAUGGGCUGACCUCUAUUCCUGCAGACUGUCUCCAUGUAUGUGUAGAUGUUACUGGGGCAUACAGUGCUCAAAAGACUGAGUUGAAUAUAAGCUUGACAGCAGUAGGUCUCUUAUGGACCACGACUGAUUUCAUUGUCAAGGGACUUCUGCAUGGACCUACUGAGGGAAAGGAAACAGGUUUUCAUGAUGAGCAUUCUGUUAUGAAGCAAAUAAAUGGUGACUUGGGGGAGACACUGUCAUCUGAAUUGCCUGAUAAGGUGAAUGAUCGGGCUGCAACAAUUAAUAUAAUUGACCGCGACAAGUUGCUUUUCUCUGUUUUCUCCUUACUUCAAACACUUGGAGCUGAUGAUAGACCAGAGGUCAGAAAUGCAGCUGUCAGGACUCUUUUCCAAACUCUUGGAAGUCAUGGGCAAAAGCUUUCAAAAAGCAUGUGGGAGGACUGUCUUUGGAAUUAUGUUUUCCCUGCUGUGGAUCGUGCUUCUCACAUGGCUGCAACUUCAUCAAAAGAUGAAUGGCAAGGGAAAGAACUAGGUACUCGAGGAGGAAAGGCAGUUCACAUGUUGAUUCAUCAUAGUCGCAACACGGUUCAGAAGCAGUGGGAUGAAACGCUUGUGUUGGUCCUUGGUGGAAUAGCACGUUUGUUACGUUCUUUCUUCCCUUUACUCAGUGACUUAAGCAAUUUUUGGUCAGGAUGGGAGUCUUUGCUGCUUCUAUUAAGAAAUAGCAUUUUAAAUGGUAGUAAAGAGGUGGCCAUUGCUGCAAUAAAUUGUUUACAGACAACUGUUCAUUCCCACUGUUCCAAGGGGAACUUGCCGCUCCCAUACCUUAACUCCAUACUUGAUGUCUACGGGCAUAUUCUUCAAAAAUCACCAAACUACAAUGAUAAUGCAGCUAGCAAGGUGAAGCAAGAGAUUUUACAUGGUCUUGGAGAGCUAUAUGUGCAAGCACAGAAGAUGUUUGAUGCUAAGAUGUUCUCUCAGUUGCUUGGAACAAUAGAUUUGGCAGUUAAGGAAGCUACAUUGACUAAUGAUAACUUUGAAACUGAAUUUGGACAUGUUCCUCCCAUUUUACGCACUAUACUGGAAAUCUUACCGUUGUUACGUCCAACUGAGUAUAUUUCUUCAAUGUGGCCAAUCCUUCUUCGGGAGCUGUUGCAGUAUCUCCCAAAAUCAUAUUCUUCUUUACAAAAAGAGGAAGCUGAUGCAAGGCAAGCCAGCAUUACUGACGAAAGCCCAGACAAUAACAUUAGGAAGCAAAAUGAAAUUCUCAAUGGUACUGCGUCUGUGUCCCCAAAGAAAGCUGAAGAUCCAUCACAAGGUUCUGGAUCAAGCACAACUAUAGUCGCUGGUAUUCCAAGUUAUUUGUUUGCAGAAAAGCUUGUCCCUGUGCUGUUAGAUCUUCUUCUAAAGGCUCCAACAAUUGAAAAGCAUAUUGUAUUUCCUGAAAUUAUUCAAACCCUUGGAAGGUGUAUGACAACAAGAAGAGACAACCCAGAUGGUUCACUUUGGCGAGUAGCUGUUGAAGGUUUUAACAAAAUUAUUGUUGAUGAUAUAAGUGGAUUCACCUUGAACUGUGGAACAGAUUCAAAGAUCAGCAAAACUGCAAGUAUGCGCAUCUGGAAAGAAGUAGCAGAUGUUUAUGAGAUAUUCCUUGUGGGAUAUUGCGGGCGUGCCAUUCCUUCCAACUCUCUCUCAUCUGAUGCACUUAGGGCCGAUGAGGCACUUGAGAUGACCAUUUUGAACAUUCUUGGUGACAAGAUUCUUAAGUCACCGGUUGAUGCACCUUCCGAGAUUCUGCAACGUCUAGUUUUGACCAUGGACCGCUGUGCAUCGCGCACAUGCUCUUUGCCGAUUGAGACUGUGGAACUUAUGCCAUUGCACUGUAGCAGAUUUUCCCUGGCUUGCUUACGGACGUUAUUUUCCCUAAGCAGCUGUGACGAGGCCAGUGACUGGAACAUGACAAGGUGUGAAGUCAGCAAAAUCUCAAUCCUGGUACUUUUGACCAGAUGUGAAGACAUCUUUAAAAGAUUCUUGAUUGAUGAAAAUGACCUAGGUGAACGUCCCCUGCCAACAACAAGGCUUGAAGAAAUUAUCUAUGUCCUUCAAGAACUGGCUAAUCUAAUAAUUCACUCAGAAACAGCAUCUGUGCUACCAUUGCACCCUUUUUUGAGAAGUGGCUUAUCAGAUGACAAGGAUCAUCAGAAGCGUCCACAUCUGCUCGCUUUAUUUCCCUCUUUUUGUGAGCUCGUAAUAACAAGGGAAGCAAGAGUGAGAGAGCUGGUGCUAGUCUUAAUGAGACACAUCACUAGAGAAUUGGCACUAGAGAAGGUUAGCAUUGCCAGUUGAUGCGAGGAAGAACCUGUUUUGACGGUUUACAUGAAGUUGUUCGCUAUAAAUUUGUAUAGGUGAGGAAUUUUUUAUCCCUGGCCUCCAUUGUUGUAUUAUGUAGUAGUUGUACAUUUUUUAUGAUAUGAAUUUUGUUGUGUAAUUACAUUAUCAACCUCAGGUUAAACAGUUGUGGAUGGCAAGAGUUUUUAUUUUUCAUGCCGCUGGUAGCAGUGUAUCGGUAACAGUAAUAAGAAAAAGGGUCUUAUUGUUGA